AUGCCAAUACAAUCUGCUAAGCUGCCACUAAAUGAAGUGUGGCAUAGAAAAGAAUUUGAAGCACGCAAGUCGCAAGAGACUUCCGAUUGGGCCCGAAGACAAUCUCUUGUCCCGUCGAGUCCACUUCCUUGCCUUGCCAACGCAACUUCAAGGCUCAAUUGCUAUGCGAUUGCGUCACCAGAUAAAUGGUGCUCGAAUUCUGUCAGUGGCCAACCAGAUGUCGGCUUGACUUGA